AUGUCGGUCUCCAGGAUCCUCCCCCGUAUGCGCUCUUUCAUGGCGGCGCGCGCUCCCGCCGCCCGCUUCGCGUCUUCGGCCACCCACACCAUCCAGUCCCAGACGCCUCCUGCGCCCAUUGUGCCCUCCAACAAGCAGGCUCACCCCAUCGGCAACUUCUACCAAGCCAUGCUCGACGACCCCCAGCCCAUCCCCGGCCAGAAGCCCGAGCAGCCUCCCGCGUCCGCCGCCCCCUCCGCCAAGAAGGAGCCCGCGAAGAAGCAACAGGAGGAGCCGCCAGUGCCUAGUCCCCCUCCAGCGACCGCCGAGGAGAAAGCCCGCCUCGUGUUCGGCGAGAUCCGUUCCGGUCCUCGAGCCCGCGCCGAACGUCUCGCUGCCGCUCGGGCCAAGACGGUCACAAUCGCCGGCGUGCUCGUGCCGCCGCGGCCCGUGGAACCCGACAACUGCUGCAUGAGUGGGUGCGUCAACUGCGUGUACGAUUUGUUCCAGGAGGAGCUCGAGGAGUGGUCGGCGGCCAAGAAGGAGGCGGACGCGAGGUUGGCGGCACAGCAAGCGGAGGCCCUGGCGGAGACUGAGGCGGAGCAGGCCAGCGGCAGCAGCGCUGGCGGUGGCUCCGGCAGUGUGGACGGCGACGGCCGCGGUUCCGAGCUGAACUGGGUGCCGCAGCCGCCAGAACAGGGACCGGCAAAGCACGCGUGGGACGAGGGCCUGUACGCGGACAUUCCGGUCGGGAUCCGGGAGUUCAUGAAGACGGAGAAGAGGCUCAAGGAGCAGCAUAGGCAGCAGGGCACGCUGGGGGGCUGA